AUGUCUGCCCCUUGCGCCGUCCCCCGUACGGCUCCCAUAGCCAUUGCGCCAAAACCGCCGCGCUUCCCCCCAAGCCGCCAGAGCAGCAUACACCUUGACUCCUUCCGGAGCGGCUUCGACUCGCCCGACUCGGACUCGGUAAGCGGGUUUUCGGCUGUCCCCUGUGAAGCCUGCCUGAACAGAAGGACAGAUUGUGCCAUGGGCGAAGAUGAGGAAAGCUGUGUUGCGUGUCUGGUGGCGGGGACCGAGUGCUCUUUGAUCGACAGCCCCGCCCCCCGGAAGCGCAAGCUGAACGGGGACCUAGAAACCAGCAGUAGCAAGAGAAGUUCACCUGGACGGUCUGAUAUCAGGAGACGGCGGCAUCAGCAGCACAGUUUCUCUUGCACCACCACUAGCAGUUCCCUGAUCGAGGACAUGGCCAACUUUGGCGGUCCGACGUUGCUCAAGCGCACCCUCGGUCUCCAGGCAGACCGGUAUAGCCAGUACAUCGGGCCGACCACCGACUUUGAGCCCUCCCUUAUCAACCUGUCCCCCUUUGACCCGCACGAUGAAAGCCUGCUCGCCCGGGGGACCCUCAGGAGGGUCAGCGAUAAUGACACCUUCUUGUUGUUGCCGGACAACAACACACCGGGGUACGACCAAAUAACCCAUGACGUCGAUGAGAUCGAGGGCGUCGUGGCGCCUCAUAGCCGCAAGCUGAUAGAUCUGUACUUUCGGGUCGUGCACCCGGCCUUCCCUGUCAUCCAGAAAAAUGUAUUUCUCGAGAAGUAUGAGCGGUCACCCCGCGAAUUCUCGCCCCCGGUUCUUGCCGCCGUUUAUAUCCUGGCCAUCAACUGGUGGGACCACUCGGAGGAGCUGGCAAGUCUCCCUCGUCCCAAUGUCCGCGAGCUCGAGAGGCUAGUGAGGACCACCCUAGCCGACGCCAUGUACCGACCGAAGUUGUCGACAAUACAGGCUGGUCUCAUCUUAUCGCAGCGGCCCGAGGGCGACCAGUGGGCCCCGACGGCACAGCUCGUUGCUAUCGGACAGGAGCUGGGCUUGCAUCUCGACUGCAGCCACUGGAAAAUCCCGCCAUGGGAGCGCGGCCUGCGGAAACGCCUGGCUUGGGCGUUAUAUAUGCAGGAUAAAUGGGGAGCCCUCGUCCACGGCCGGCCAUCGCACAUCUUUGCCCCUAACUGGGCAGUGCAGCCCCUCAACCCGAACGAUUUCCCCGACGUCGAGUGGGACGAGAACGAUGUCGAGGAGAGGAUAGAAAUCGAGCGCGGGCGGGUGCUGUUUGGGCAGAUGGUGCAACUUUCACAAAUCCUCGCCGAGAUCCUCGAGACCUUCUAUACGCUGCAAGCUUUGCACGCCACCGCCAACGCGGGCGCGCAAGCAACACAGCUCAUUUUGUCCCUCGCCAAACCUAUCCAGCUCAAGCUCAAGGAGUGGUACUCUGGCCUUCCGAGCGCCGUCCGCAUGGAUGCAAACUUCCAAAGCAGCCACAACCAACCCAACCGCCUCUCCAGCAUAGGUUACCUGCACCUCGCCUACUUCGCCACCGAAAUCACGCUCCAUCGUCGCAUCAUCCGCUCGAUGGACUGUGGCUCCGCAGCGUCGGCCUCGACGCCAUCCUCUUCCGCCCCGUCUCCGGCCGGUAUUAGCCUUCCCGGGGCAGCGGGGGGGGUCGACCCCUACAUCCAACACAUAUGCCGUAGCGCCGCCAAAGCCCGUCUCAUCUCGGCCAUGGACUUUGUCAACCGGCUCAACCCCUCCCACCUGCGCUCCUUUUGGUAUUUUGCCUCCAAGACGAACUUCGCCCUCAUUGGCACCUUUGGCUCCUUGCUCUGGGCGACAUCCCCCGGGAGGGAAGAGGGUGAGUGGUACCGCCGAAGGCUGGGCGAGUAUCGCUGGACGCUGUCGGUCAGCUCGAAGCCUGGGGAGGGCAAGGGUUUGACCGAGUUUGCGAUGGGCAUGUUGGAUAUCUCGACCGGGUUACUCAAGAAGCUGCCUGAGAAACCGUUGCUGAGCCGGAGUGGGAGCGCUGUGGAUUUUGAUGCCGCUAGGAGGCAGAGCAUGCUGGCGCUAGGUGGUACGGGUACGGCGGGUGCCAGGGGAAGUGCUAGCGCGGGGAGCAGCGGGCUAAGCAUGGGAACGGGUGGUAGCUAUGGAGCCAGGAGUGGGAGUAUGAGCGGGCUGGAGAGCUAUGGCGGAAUGCAUAGUGCCGAGGCGAGCGGUGUGCAGAGUCCGCUCAGUGAAGAGAGUGAGAGUGAAGUCGAAGAGGUGUAUGGGAACUUUUCUGCGACGGCAGGUAUGGCGGGGUUGGCGGAUUAA